CCUACCAUUGAAGGCCCAAUCACUGGUGGUACACGCGGCCAUCCUUUUGGGUCCUGGCUUGGGGACAUCUCAGACAUCGGCUACGUGGAAGAGGAAUACUUCAUCUCCGGUAACGCCCAGCGAUAUGCAGUUGUUGGAGAACUUACCCCUGACGGCUUCUGGACCAUCCAACCAAACGGCACAUCACCAUACAAGACUCGGAUUCUAGUUCGUCGGCCAGCCAACAGAAAAGAUUUCAACGGAGAUGUUAUUCUUGAAUGGAUCAAUGUGUCUUCUGGAUAUGAUCUCAUGAUAUCUGACUCCAACGGUGUUUAUGAGGCUGGCUACGCUUUUGUUGGUGUCUCCGCUCAGCUUGUCGGUCUUGACGGCUUCCAGGAAGCUGGCGUUGUCAAGCAGGGUCUUACGCAGUGGGACCCCGAGCGAUACGGCUCACUCCAUAUUGAAGAUGAGAAUGUGUCUUAUGACAUCUUCACGCAAGCUGUCAACGUUCUCAAAUCUGGCAAAGUUCCCGGUCUCCAACCGAAGCAUGUUCUCGCAGUCGGCGAGUCACAGUCCGGGAUCCGCUUGGCUGCGUAUGCCAACGGUGUUCAGCCCCUCGCCAAUUCCGUCGACAUGAUCUUCUCACUUAUUAACGGGGGCAUGGCAUCGGACUUCAAUCCCGACGUGGCGAGACCCGGAGCAUCAGCACCAUCUCGCGCAAUACCAACAAAGAUUCGCACUGAUCUUGACAUUCCCGUUCACCAGAUCUGCACUGAGACGGAGGCGCUCAACAACUAUCUGGAUGGGACACGACAGGACGAUACUGACAAGUACCGCUACUGGGAGGUUGCCGGUGGCUCACACGCGAACAAGUUGGUGCUGGAUAAGAUUAUCGCCUACGCUACAAGAGACAGCGUCACUGCAGCCACGGCGCCGGCAAACCUUGAUAUCGUCAGCUGGUUGCCUCCAGUGGAUGCCGCAUAUCAACACGUUGCUCUCCCUAACAACACAAAUAUAAGUGCUGUAAACUGGCAGCCUAGCCUGGAUGCAAUUUAUCGCCAAGUUACACUGUGGGUGCGAGAUAAGCAUUACUCACCUCCUGUCUUCCCCCAUAUGGAGGUCAAGUUAAAUGGCACUGCAAGUGAUUAUGUUCGCGAUGCCAACGGCAACGUUAAGGGCGACAUCCGUUUGCCUGAGAUUACUGUUCCUAUUGCCGCCUAUAGUGGAAACAAUAACGGUCUCAGUGGGAACACUUACCCUUUCUCUUCUGCUAAGCUCUAUGCUCUUUACCCUACUCAUAAGGAUUACGUUAGUAAGGUUACAGCUGCGGCUAAGCUCGCUUUUGACCGGAAGGUUAUCUUAGACUACCAGGUUACUAACUAUAUUAAUGCCGCUAAGAAUGCUAACAUCCCU